CUCCUACCCCUGCAGUUCCGGUUCCGACUGCUUGGAGCUCCACCCUAGCAAGGGAAGGAAUCCCGUCAGUGCCGCGUGGGAGAGGCGGGGCUUGGCGGCGUCAUCACUAGGGCGACGCUAGACGUCACCGCCUUGGCUGGGAAAGUCAGGUGUUUCCGCGGACCGUGCGUGCGCACAUCCUCCUGGCGCGAGGGGCCCCUAGGCCGUCCUAUCCCGCGCUCGCAGUGGCGUUACCAUGCUGUGCUGCGCGGGGGCCGGCUGGCUCCGGACACUGCCCACCUUGCGGCUCCGGGCAAGAGGACUGCAGCCUGGCUGGAGUAACUCGCGACUCCCGGCCCUCCCGGUAUGGGCGGCCGCGUCGGUGUCGGCGGCCGCUCCUGGCGGAUGGUACGAGGCUCUGGCAGCGUCGGGGCCCGUGCGCGCGGCGGAGGAAGUGCUGCUAGGCUCGCAGGCUGCCACGGGACUACCCUGGUGGGGCAGCAUCUUGCUCAGCACCGUGGCUCUGCGCGGCGCUGUCACGUUGCCCCUGGCCGCCUAUCAGCACUACAUCCUGGCUAAGGUGGAAAACUUGCAACCAGAAAUAAAAGACAUCGCCAAGCGCCUUAACCAGGAAGUUGCAGUUUGUGCACAUCGUUUUGGUUGGUCCAAGAGAGUUGCCAGGCUCAUGUAUCUAAAGAACAUGCGGAGGCUUGUUUCAGAGCUGUAUGUCCGUGACAACUGCCAUCCUUUCAAAGCCUCCGUGUUAGUCUGGGUCCAGCUUCCAAUGUGGGUCUUCAUAUCCAUUGCCCUCCGGAACUUUAGCACAGGGGCAGCACAUUCAGAAGCCGGUGCUUCUGUUCAGGAACAGCUGGCUGCUGGAGGGGCGCUGUGGUUUCCUGACCUCACUGCGGUGGAUUCCACUUGGAUUCUGCCUGUCUCCGUUGGUGUCGUCAAUUUACUAAUAGUGGAGAUUUUCGCUCUACAAAAACUUGGAAUGUCUCGGUUUCAAAUGUAUGUUACACACUUUGUCCGAGCUGUAUCCGUGUUGAUGAUCCCGAUUGCCGCAACAGUACCUUCUUCUCUCGUUCUCUACUGGCUGUGCUCCAGCCUCAUGGGCCUCUCCCAGAAUCUGCUGCUGCGCUCCCCUGGAUUCCGCCAGCUUUGCCGGAUACCACCAACCAAGUCGGAUUCAGAGACCCCUUACAAAGACCUCUCCACCGCCUUUUGUGCCAAGUUCCUUUCAAGAAAGUGACGACAGUAUGCUUCAGUAACUUUGAAAUUAUUAGAAAUGUCAUUGUCGGUUAAAUUUAGAAGACUGGGGUAGCAUUUAAAUUGCCUUUAACUAUCAUGAAGUCCUGUGGGAAAGAUGUAAUUCAGAUGUAUUUGACUAUAGUAGUUAAAGCUUUUGCAUGUUAGAAAUAAAUGUUCAAUUGUAAAGUGUAAAGAUAAGCCUGGAUGCCUGGCCUUGUUCAUAAAAUCAUACUUUGCUGAGAACAGGCUUACAUCCUGUGUGAUCUGUGCCUAACGGUCCACACAAUAAAGUUUUGUAAAUUAAA